AUGGAGAGCCCUCGACCGUCUGACGCAAGUACUCCCUUGGAGCCUUAUUCUCCAGGAUGCGUUGAUACACCGGCGACGCAGUCAUCCGUCUUGUUCGAUGGAAAUCUUGAAGAGCUGCUGCGCAACUUCCCCCUGGAUCAAUACAUUCUCGUCACCGGCGGUCUCGGUUUCAUUGGAAGUCACACAACAUUGGAGCUACUCAAGGCCAAUUAUAACGUAAUAGUCAUCGACAACCUUAGCAAUGCUUUCCUGAACGUCUUCGAUCGCAUCAAAACCCUGGCUUCGAAGUACCAUGAGCAACAAGGAACUAAAAUGCCCGAGAUGCAUCUGCAUGCCCAUGAUUACCGCGACAGCGUUGCUCUUCGCAAGCUUCUUGAGCAAUAUCAGAUCCAGUCCAGAUGGGGUACACCAAAGACCAAGAUCUCCGGCGUCAUCCACUUUGCUGCCCACAAGGCGGUUGAGGAGAGUAUCAAGAAUCCUCUGAAGUACUACGCAAACAAUGUCAGCGGUCUCAUCGACUUUGCCACGACGUUGGGUGAGUUUGGUAUCAAGACCUUCGUCUUCUCGUCGUCCGCCACCGUAUACGGAACUCUGGCAACCUCCGGCCUUCCCCUCAAGGAGGAGCUUUGUGUCCACAAGGAUGAGAUCUUCCAAGAUCGCGACGGGUCCGAGAAACUCAUGGAACCAGGGUGCACAGGCAUCACAAACCCCUAUGGACGCACGAAAUGGAUCUGUGAAGCUAUCUUAGCAGACCUCGCGGCCUCCGAUCCAGAGUGGACAAUCGUGGCUCUACGAUACUUCAACCCGGUAGGAUGCGAUGAAUCUGGCCUUCUCGGUGAAGAUCCGAAGCAAAUACCUACCAACCUUCUUCCAGUUGUCGUCAAGGUCAUGACUGGGCAGUACAAGGAGCUGCAGAUGUUUGGAACCGACUGGGACACGGAAGAUGGCACGGCUGUCCGUGACUUCAUCCACGUCACGGAUCUGGCUCGGGGACAUAUCGCAGCCCUCAGUGCUGCCAACGAAGGAAAGCUCAAGGAAAAUUUCCGCACAUUCAACCUCGGAACCGGCACAGGCCAUUCCGUAAUGGAAGUGGUAAACACUAUGGAGAGCGUGUCUUCUAAGGAAAUCCCAAGAAGGGCUGCUGACCGCCGCGCGGGCGAUGUCGGUUCCUGUGUUGCUGUGGCCACCAGAUCAGAGGAGGAGCUGCAGUGGAAGACCGAGAAGACACUGACUGAUGCCUGUGCCAGUCUGUGCAAUUUCCUAGCUGUCAGUGGACUGUCCUCUUAG